AUGGAUUCCUCAAUCUUGUCCGACGGGUCACCGGCCCAUUUUCACGACGCUCCCGACUCCGUGGAGCACCAGGGUCAGCCUGUACCUCCGACUCAUGAACCCAUCCCGACCGAUGCCCCUAACGACACGUUUGGCGGAAUCGAUGACUCUCCCAAUGCUGUCUCCACGCAUGCAGUCCCCGAACAGGAAGUGCCCGAUCAGAACGGAUUUCAAGAGCAGCACCCUGUUCAGUCACAGCCCCUCGACCAGACCUACCCUCCUGAAAAUGUAGUAGACGGUGACCCGACUGCGCGGUACGCAACCCCGCCCAUUCCAGCCCCGGCAAUAUCCCGACCGCCGUCCGGUCUUUCGGGGCAGGGGGCUGCUUACGGAGCCGAUCAGGCUUCUAGGGCAGGCAGCAACGGAGCACCAGCUGCCGAGACGCAGAACAAUGGGCGCAAUCACGUCGUUAUCAAAGUCGGCAUGGUGGGCGAUGCGCAGAUCGGCAAGACUAGUCUGAUGGUCAAGUACGUCGAGGGUAGCUGGGACGAGGAUUACAUCCAGACACUGGGUGUCAACUUCAUGGAGAAGACGAUCAGCAUCCGCAACACUGAGAUCACAUUCAGUAUCUGGGAUUUGGGCGGUCAGCGCGAGUUUGUCAACAUGCUACCGCUGGUGUGCAAUGAUGCGGUGGCCAUUCUAUUCAUGUUCGACCUGACACGGAAGAGCACCCUAAACAGUAUCAAGGAAUGGUAUCGGCAAGGACGGGGCUUCAACAAGACAGCCAUCCCAGUUCUUGUGGGGACUAAAUAUGACCACUUCGUCAACUUGUCGCGUGAGGAGCAGGAAGAGAUUUCCAACCAGGCCCGGCGGUUUGCAAAGGCGAUGCGUGCAGCGUUGAUCUUCAGCAGCACUAGCCACAGCAUCAAUGUCCAAAAGAUUUUCAAGAUUGUACUAUCAAAGGCAUUUGACUUGAAAUGCACCAUCCCCGAAAUCACCAACGUCGGCGAGCCCCUGCUCAUCUACCAGUCGUGCUGA